CAGUAUGGCCGCAUGGAAAAUGCGAAGCUGGCUGGCAGGUCUGCGCAACAUCUCAGCGCGGUCAUUCCAUACGCCAGCAGUUCCAGGCUCUGCGUCUGACGCGCUCAACCUCAUCCGCUCACAACCGUCACAGUACAUUAUUGCCUCCAUAGUCGGACGCAAGUACAUCCUUGCACCACGCGACCUUCUUACUGUCCCUCACCUCAAGGAUGUACGCGUCGGAGACAGUAUUGCUUUGAGCAACAUCCACGAAAUUGGUUCGCGCGAGUAUACCCUCCGCGGAGAUCCCACCAUUCCUUCAACUCGUGUCAAGGUAGACGCGACUGUCGUCGAGCACACCAAGGGUAAAAUGGAGGUCGUCUUCAAGAAGAAGAGACGAAAGGGUUACCAGAAGACCAUCAAGAACAAGCACCCAUACACCCGUCUUCGCAUAGGUCAAAUAGAAAUCGUCGAUUCGCAGCCAUAGCAUUUACUUUAUGUCGCUUAUGUCCAAGACUAAUGAAGACUUAAUCAAAUUUUACUACCCUAGGCGUUAUUCUUCAGCGCUGUUCUUUAU